AUGGCUGCUGGCACUCCCACAACUGCCCGCAGCUUUCGGGCCCGCGCGAUCAAAUGCGACAAGAAUAGUCCCUGUUCGAGCUGCGGCACUCUGGGGAUACCCUGCAGACCAACUGAUUUGUCGCAUAGUGAACGCCGAUUCUCUGCGUUGCAGGAACAGCUUGCCACAAUUCAGCAGACACUCAAACACAUCACGCAGUCUUCCAACUUAUCUAGCCCGGCCAAGCCGGCCCGGGAGUCGACUCCAUCGGGACCGACGAUACCUCCAUUCGAAGGUCACUCGUCUUUCCACCAUGAAACUCUGGUAGCCAGGGAUGCUGCCUAUUCUGCCGUGGACACUGCUCAGAAUGGACAACUUGGCGACUAUGUGUCAGCCGCACUUACGUCACUUCAAACCAGCCUUGAUAGGCACCGCGCAUCAGUAACGCACGGGGAGACGCAGCCCAUCACUCAGCCAAAAGACCAGUUACUCCCUGUAGAGUUGGUCAUCGCUGUGGUAAAGAAAGUCAAAGCGCAACCUCCGUUCACUUUGGUUAGUCAGUCCUGGAUUGAUGCAUCUCGCAUAGAGUCUCUUUGUCACUCCAUAUACUUUCCACUCGAUCCAGUCCCUGCUGGAACGUUUACACUUUUCUACGGGCUCUUCUUCUAUGUCAUACGCGACUAUUUCCACGCACAGGACCCUGAUCUCGCGCGUUAUGACUUGUCAGCAACAUUGCAAACAUGCGAAGCACAGCUUGAUGCAGGUCUAAGGGAGCCCGCCAUCAUGAUUGAGCCAACGUUGGAGAAGAUACAAGCACUGCUGAUUGGAGCACAGAUAACAAAAUCGCAAGAGGAAUUCGACAUUCAGCGGUGCUGGACAUAUUUGUCGUUGGCUUUCAAUAUGUGCCAAACCAUGGGACUCCAUCGGCGUACAGCAUUGAAAAACGACCCACUACCCAUUGCAGAGGCUAAGCGCCAUGCCUUCUGGGCACUGUACACGAUUGACAAGAACAUCUCUCUGAACAUCGGCCUGACGUCUCACUUUCAAGACCAUGAUAUUGAUGCCGACCUCUUCAUGCCAUCAGAAGACCCAAAGCAACGUCCCUGGGACUUGAUGAGUAUUGUUCGCAUGGAGUUUGCCAGUAUCCAAGGAAAAGUCUACGAUCAACUAUACUCAACAUCUGCUUGUCGGGCCAGCGAUGAGCAGAGAGCUGCAGCGAUAGAAAAGCUUUCUUCGGACUUAGAGGCGGUUCGAGAUAAGUUGCUGACGAUCGACGUUAGCUUGGGUCUUUAUGCUGACUCCUUGCACGGCAUUGCGGCUUGUGCUGAUUUCAUCGCUUACUCUGUGUUGACUGUCAUCUAUCGGGCUCAGACUCGACCGGGAGAUGCCAUGGCAAUCUCAUCGCGAUGCUACGAGAUUGCUACGUUAGCACUUCACAGUCACCUCAAAUGCUUUACAUACUUCCGUGGCCGGCAAACCCACAAACAGACCGAAUAUGUAAACUGGAUAUUGCUCUAUCCUUCCUUUACACCUUUUGUCAUUGUGUUCACCCACGCCAUUACCACCGCAAGCGCGGUUGAUCUAGCCCUUCUGCAGGACACCGUGAGCUCUCUGGAGCUUAUCAAGGGACUCUCGCGGGGUUCAAUGCAUCUAUACACAGUGUGCGAAGCAUUUGUCAAGGCUGCUCAGGUUCUAGUCAAAUCGCGACAAACAUUGUCCGGCAUCGAACGUCACCAGGAUGGAUCACUUGUCAUGCCUGCCGCGCACGGGGCGGCCAACAUUGCUUUUCCAGAUGUCUCCUGGCCAGAAAACACCUUUGAUUCUCUUAUGAGCCAGACCGACAUUUCCAUGUUUUUGAACGACUUCAUCGGAGCCAAUCGAUCGGUGAUGGAUAUCUUGAAUUCAGAUUACAUGAGUUGAAUUAUUCAAAUGUGACUUAUUCUACAUAUGCGCCCACACGCCGCGGUCGCGUUUAUGACGCC